AUGGGAACUCGGGAGGAGGACGCCCCGCUACCGAUAGAGGGCGUCGUCGACCACCUCGAGCAGCCGAUCUUCUCCCGGGGAGCCGCCGGCGGCUGGCCCUCCGCCGCCUUCAUCAUCGGUAAGCUCCUCCCGCCACCGUCUUCUUUCUCCGCUUUUGAGUGAGACAUGGCGACCACCAGUGACCAAAAUCUCCGCCGCCGUCGUUGUGCUGAAGGGACCGAGGUGUCGGAGAAUUUCGCCUACUGCGGCAUCUCCAUGAACCUCAUCAGCUACCUGACGGAGGAUUUCCUGGAGUCCACCGCCUCCGCCGCCGCCAACAUGAAUACGUGGAGCGGGUUGUCCAUGAUGCUCCCCCUCCUCGGCGGAUUCAUCGGCGACUACUUCCUCGGGCGCUACCGCACCACCGUCGUAUCCUCCCUUCUUUACGUCCUGGUUCGUUCCUGCUCUCCAUCCGAAAUCGUCUUCUUUACGCCCCAUUUACAUUGA